CCAGGGCGGCGGCGGCGCGCGCGGACCCGACGGAUCGCCCCCGCCGCCCGCGGGGAGCCCCGCCGCGAGCGCGUCCGUGCGCGAUGCCGCUCCUGCCCGCGGGCGCCCUCGCCGGGGGCAGGAGCAUUGCCCCGAUGGGCUCUAAGAGGAUCAGCUGGUUCCUCUCCCCGCGCGCGCGGCCGCACCGGGAGCCGGGGCCCGUUGGCGACCAGACCGGUCGGCACGCCGAUCAGCGGCCGUUGGGGGGCGCCAACGGCGCGUCUUUGCCGCCCCUGCGCGGCAGCGUGGGCGCGGCGGGGCGCCAAGACGCGUCAUCGCUGUCCGCGGGGCCCGCGCUGGAGCGUGGCAUCGGGAAGGUGCAUUUCGGCGGCGUGGAGUCGGUGUGCGAGAUAUCGCCCAUCUCCAGCGCUUCCUCGCAGGCUGCCUGGUCGUGGCAGCCGAGCUCUCAGUCGCUGAGCUUCAUGUCAGCAGCCUCCCUCGCCCUCGCCGUUCAAAGGCCAGGAGGCGGAGAAGGGGCGGGGCGGGGCAGAAUUGGAGGAUUCGCUACGGCCGCCUCAUUCUCCACAAUCGCCGGUUGGGCACGCCGACUCGAGCAGCCCCUUCUUCGGAGGCUGCCUGAAGACGGCGCUGGCUGGCGAUCGAUCCAGGCUACGCGACCAGGGCUGCGCGGCCAGUCCGAGGGUACUGAGCAUCUGAGCGUCCGCGCCUCGGGCUGGACGGCCUCGCCGUGUGCGCUGGUUCGAGAGGCAGUUCACCAGGCAGCGCUGCGAAGCACUCAGCGCCCUGGUGGUAUCGAGGACUCCUGUGGCCCGCCACCGCUAGGAUCGGAGACGCUUCACGGAAUUCACGAGGAGGCAUCAGCAACGCGUUUGCCAUUGUCGCGGCCACCUUGCCGCCCACUGUGCCGGCCAUGUCGGGCACAUCGUAGCAUUUUGAUGUGCGGCUCCACUUCCGCAGCCAGAUGGUGCUGGCGAAAGUGGCGAUAAUUUCUGCCCCGCAAGAUGUCUACGCCUGAGCAAGAUCAAGUCAUGCCAGCCGCCUGAACGCGUAGACACGCGCAGAGGCAGCUGGCAUGACUUGGUGGCUGUAUACGUGUAUACGCGUGCGCAGCCACAGCAUUCGUUUUCUUGGCGCCACGAAGGCUCAUGCUUGAUUAUAUAGUUGCUAUGCACGUCCCGUUGAUUCAAAGGCGGCUUGAAACGCGAGCCGUGGCCGUUCACCACGCAGCAGCCGUGGCGCAGGCCUCGGCUCGUCAAAGUCGUCUGCUGUUCUAUCGCUUUGGCCAAGGUCACCCUUUCCCCCACGCUCAUGUCAGCCAGCUCCCGGGAUUUUGGGUGGCAGCUUGCGCCCGUACUGCUCUUAGCUUCAGUUGCUCCGCGCACAGAGAAACUCUACCAGAGCGUAGGGACUUGCCGAACAUGUCGGGCCCGAACCUGGCGUUCUGACAUGGUGACCACCGAAGCUGGUUGGUCUUCGUCGCAUGUGCUGCACCCCACAGGGCCUCUCUGCCGUCGCGGCCCGCUGGAAGACAGACGGGUUCUGUACGGUACGGCUUGCAUGGCGGCGAGUUGCCUCCUUGGACGGGGUUGUUCGUGCUUCUUUAAGUUUCGGUCACCAUGGGCCCCCUGGCGGCGCCAUCAGCGCCGCCCCUGGUGCGCUCCGCGCCAGGGAGGAGGGGGUCCAGCCGAGAGCCAAGAGCUUCCGCUAAUUCGCUUGCAUGGGAUCUUCGUAACAUGUUGGCCUGUUGUUUCUAUGGCGUCAUACGUUUGCCCGAGUGUCAUUUGACGUGCUAGUCAUAUGGCAGUUUUUUUGUGUGAGCCAGGAUGGCGAGACAGUAUUCGCUGGCGAUCUGGUUCCAUCAGCUCGAUGUGAGGGUCAAGAGAACGCACAUUGAUGCCCCAUUUCGGUAGCGAUGUUAGUGCGUCUCUUCGUAAUUGCCCCAUGUCCGUUCGUUCACUACCGAUUGUAGUCACUUCUUGGCAUCUGCCACGGCCGUCAGUCAUCCCAGACCUGUGCGUUGCAUUUGCCUCGCUUCCCUGCUGGGGCGCCCCCUCCGCCAGUUCAUACCCACCUUGU